AUGAAUCCGCCUUCGCCCCUUGCGGCCGACGGUCCCAUCCUCAGCCUCUCUGGCCGAGAGAACCUUGCUGUACCGCCCGGCACACCCCGAGUGGAAACGCCCGGUUGGCAGAGCACCCUGGAAGAUAGGAUGGAAACCCUGCAGCGGGAAAUGAUCAAAAUGCAGGAACACAAAAAUAUCCUCUCCUCCAAACUGGACGACACCCAGAAACAGCUGCACGAGCAACAAUCAUGUUCGGCCCAGUUGCAGGAUAGUUUGGAACAAACCGCGCAGCUUCGGCAGGAACAACCACUAAAGAAUGUAUCAAAGCCUAACAAACAAAGGGCUGGAAAGUGGCCGGCUCAGGGCGGACCGUUCGCCUCCCGAAGGCUGUUCAUACCAACUUCGGCAGAACGCCACCGGGAAUACCAAGUCUACUCCGACUACCGCGAUAGAAUCAACGACCAGCGUCGGGAACGGCAGACAACACCAAUUCCCGUCCAAGCACAACUCAACGAUCGGCAUCUGGACGUACUCGGACGAAAAUCUCCCAUUCGACGGAGGUACGACAUGAUCGGCCUAGAGGAGAUAGACGAAUCUGACUACGUUCUGACCUCCCUCGGCACGACGCCCUCACGCCAGUCGGCGACAUCCGGAUAUGCCAUAAGGAACGAUAGGCGGCAGGGACGUCCGACGGAGGACCACGAGGCACAAGGACACAAGGGUCGCCUCCUAACCGGCCCCCAAGCAGCAGAACCCUUCGGGACUGACCUCCCUCCUCCUUCAAAAGGUCAGUCGGAUCGAGGAAGAGUAUAA